GCAGUGGACCCAGAAUAGACCAUCGAGGACGCGCGCGGGGGGAAAAUCAUUAUCUGGGCGCGCGACUUCAGCUUACGGAGCCCCUGCCUCUGGCGCGCCUCCCCCUAGCACUGCUGGAAGAGGUGGUGCGUUCCGGUCCUCCGAGCUCCCAGGCUCCUGGACCGGCCUGCAGCAGGCACCUGCGCAGCGGGCUCCUGGGCACCAGGCGCCCGCUGCCAAGAUGCUGGAGCUGUUGGUGGCGUCGCUAGGCCUGGCGCUCGCCUUCUUUGCACUGCUGGACGGCUGGUACCUAGUGCGCGUGCCGUGCGCCGUUCUGCGCGCACGCUUGCUGCAGCCGCGGGUCCGCGACUUGUUAGCGGAGCAGCUGUAUGCCGGCCGGGUGCUGCCGUCGGACCUGGACCUGCUGCUGCACAUGAAUAAUGCGCGCUACCUGCGCGAAGCGGAUGUGGCGCGCGCCGCGCACCUGACCCGCUGCGGUGUACUGGGGGCGCUGCGCGACCUGGGCGCGCACACGGUGCUGGCCGCCUCGUGCGCGCGCUAUCGCCGCUCGCUGCGCCUAUUUGAGCCCUUCGAGGUACACACGCGACUGCUAGGCUGGGACGACCGCGCCUUCUACCUGGAAGCGCGCUUUGUCAGCCUUCGCGAUGGUUUCGUGUGCGCCUUGCUGCGUUUCCGGCAGCACGUGCUGGGCACCUCGCCGGAUCGAGUAGUACAGCACUUGUGCAAGCGCAGGGUGGAGCCCCCAGAGCUGCCAGAAGACUUGAAGCAUUGGAUCACCUACAACGAGACCAGCAGCCAGCUGCUCCGCGCUGAGAGUGGCCUCAGUGACAGAAAGGACCAGUGACUGCCACAUCUGCACCCUCCCUGCCCCGCCUGUCAGCCAGUCCAUUCCACAGACUGGGGCCACCUGGGGGUGCACUCCGAACCAGAAUGGCCUUGGACAAGCCUGGCUUCUUUAGACCCGCUCGGCUCGACACACCCCUGUGCUUGCGUCCUUUUGGGCAGCUGGUGGGGUGGACACUGCUGUCCUGGCCCAGCUCUGCCUCCCGGGUCCCCAUAGCAGGACUGUUCUAGUGUGCCCGGAUGCACAGGAUCCUGGAGUUGAAGGAACAGCAGAACCCCAAGGUUAGGGCUUCUUGGGGCCCAGCGUAGUCCUGCGUGCGGCUGGGGCCUGCAGCUCACUCAGGGACAGUGAAGCCAUCUGGAGGGUCACCUAGCAGGGAAGCCAGGCUAGAACCAGCCCAAGGGCCCCUGACAACACAGAAGGGCCAGUGGAUGCUGGUCAUUGGCUAAGAUUCUGGUGAUACCUACCACUCUUAAGAGGAUAUACCCUGUCUAGUCGGGUCACCGAGGCAAGGAACCCUGGCGUAGGGGUGGGGGUGGAGCCCACGACUAUGCCUAGCACCUGUCCUGUCAAGCUCAGGGAGAAGCCAGCUGCUUGAAGCUAGGAACUGCCUCCUUGCUACCUCUCUGGGAACCAUACCUGGGGCCAGAACCAAGAGCUUCAGUGAUGCCCUGACCCCCCACCCCCACCCCACCCUACCCCCAUCCCCACGCUGCUACGCUUGCCUUAGUGCUCCCAAAGGGAAAGCUGCAAUCCGUUUUAUUUAAAGAAAGCACAAGAUUAAAAGAGUUCUUGAGGCGUGUA